GAGAGAGAGAGAGAGAGAAGGACCUCAGUGUCUGGUUUCGGCGUUUAUCCACCUAUAAGAAAAAAACAAAUCGUGACAGUGAGAAUCUUCCCAGAGUAACACGGCUCGGUUCGGAUCGUCUCGGAUCGGCUGUAAUUUUUGGGUUGGGUCUUCUUGAUUUUUAAAUUUUAUUUUAUUUUAUUUUAUUUUAUUUAUUUUUAUUUUUUUCGGGAGCGGAAGGGGUUCGGGUCACAGAUCUCCGAGGUUAUGAGCCGUCCGAAGCCGCGUCGGUGCGUCGCUGUCCAGGGUCCUGAGUGAGACGGAGCCAGCGGGCGACCACGGAGCCUGACAUAACCCGUGAGUUGAAGAGCUCAGGAGCCAUGGAGCUGAGGGUGGGGAACAAGUACCGCCUUGGGAGGAAGAUAGGGAGCGGAUCCUUUGGAGAUAUUUACCUCGGUUCUAACAUCGCCACAGGAGAGGAAGUAGCCAUCAAACUGGAAUGUGUGAAGACCAAACACCCACAGCUCCACAUUGAGAGCAAAUUUUACAAGAUGAUGCAGGGGGGAGUGGGAAUCCCCUCUAUUAAGUGGUGUGGAGCAGAAGGUGACUACAAUGUUAUGGUGAUGGAGCUGCUGGGACCCAGUCUGGAGGACCUGUUCAACUUCUGCUCCCGCAAGUUCAGUCUGAAAACAGUCCUGCUGCUGGCCGACCAGAUGAUCAGCAGGAUUGAAUACAUCCACUCCAAGAACUUCAUCCACAGAGACGUGAAGCCCGACAACUUCCUUAUGGGGCUUGGCAAGAAAGGCAACCUGGUCUACAUCAUCGACUUUGGCUUGGCUAAGAAGUACCGUGACGCCCGGACGCACCAGCACAUCCCCUACCGCGAGAAUAAGAACCUCACCGGCACUGCCCGCUAUGCCUCCAUCAACACCCAUCUGGGCAUCGAGCAGUCGAGGCGAGAUGACUUGGAGUCUCUGGGCUACGUUCUCAUGUACUUCAACCUGGGCUCUCUGCCCUGGCAGGGGCUCAAGGCUGCCACCAAGAGGCAGAAGUAUGAACGCAUCAGUGAGAAGAAAAUGUCCACCCCCAUUGAGGUGCUCUGCAAGGGAUACCCCUCUGAGUUCUCCACUUACCUGAAUCUGUGUCGCUCGCUGCGGUUCGAUGACAAACCGGACUACUCAUACCUGAGGCAGCUUUUCAGGAACCUUUUCCACAGACAGGGCUUCUCCUACGACUACGUUUUUGACUGGAACAUGCUGAAGUUUGGGGCGAGCAGGACCGCGGAGGAUGGAGACAGGGAGAGAAGGGAGGGAAAAGAAGGGGAGGAGCGGGCAGGAGGGGGCCAAAGAGGAGCCGGAGGUCGAGCUUUGCCGCCCGGUCCGAACCCGUCAGCAGCCAACAGAGUGAGGAACGAGGCAGAUGCUGCGCCGUCCAACCCGGCAACGCGUGGGGUCCAGCAGUCAGGUAACCGCUCGCCUCAGGCCGGGAGAGCAGAGCGAGCCGAGCGAGAGAGGAAGGUCGCCAUGAGGCUUCAUCGCGGGGCCCCCGCCAACGUCUCCUCCUCUGACCUCACUGCACGCCUCGACCAGUCACGCAUCACGGCAUCACAGGUCAGUGUGCCAUUUGAACACCUGGCAAAGUGAGCUCCUCCUGGCUGGCCUGCAGGUCAGUGGCAGCAGCUGCAGGGUAUCAAAUACCCCUUUCUUUUCAAAUGGAUGAAUGAAAACAUGAGUGAGUGGAGGAAGACAAGAAGAGGCGGAUGAGGUGUUGCAGGCCCUGAGAAGGGGGACCGAGGCCAUCCAUGUGUCUGUCAGUAUGCUGUGUGAACACUGGUGACCAGGAAGAGCCCAUGGAGAAAAAAAAAAGACCAGUGGGACAAACUGACUCUUGGCCGGAACUGGUUGGUACUGCUUUUCGGGGAGCGGCCGGACGGGGGGAAGGGGAUGAAACAACACACAGGUCCCAACCCUUCUUACUCAUACUCACCUGUCCAUCGACUCAGAGGCUCAACUUGCAAAAAGAAAAACAAAACAAAAAAAACAUCAAAGUGCACAAAAAUGGACUGAAAUUCAAUUAUUCUGUGGUUUACACGUGGUUAAAAAAAAAAAACAACUAUCAACCUGCUAACGUUUGAGAGCUACAUCCGCUGCUUAUGGUGUUCUUGAUGAUAAAUAAAUAUGUAAACAACUACGGAGAUGAACACAAAUGAAGUGUAUUCAGGUCUAUAGUAUAUAUAAGCCUGAAUAUACAACGAGACAGGAGAAUGCUUGAAAAUGGACUAAGGAGGAUGUCAGAGGUGGGAAUGGAUGUGAGAGAGUGUGCGGUGAGUUUGUGAAUGGAAGCGAGGCUGCUUUCUGUCAAUAAACGUCAGUGUCCGUCUGUGUGUUAUUGUCUUCAGUGUUUGCUUUGCCUUUAGCUUUGCUUCAGAGAGUCUGACGAAGGAGGUGCAAAGGAGGAAGACGUGAUGAAUUACCCAUGAAUUCCAACAGAAAACUGGUCCCCACAUAAAACGUGGGAGGACGACUACUUUUAGCUGAGGGCAGAAUGAAAAGGAGAGCCAAAGGAGGAUUGUAAGAUAUGAAAAAGCCUUAGUCCAGCUUGUAACUCCAGGUAUGAAAAAGACUUGAGAAAGUUGUAAGAUCUUGGUGGUGAACAAGUCUGGUGUUUGUAUUUUUGUUCUUUUUGUUUUAUGAUACAUGUAAAAAUGUGUAGAUAGGUUUUGCCAGAAAGUCACAGAUUGUUUAAAGAUGGAGCUUGGAGAGAAGAGGGCUGUUUACUUCCUGACAGCUCUGAGGGGAAAAGUUGAAGCAGAGAUUUUUACCUUUAGAGUCCGCCUGAAGUGAGUGUGAUGGUCUCCACUGUGGUGGGCAAUGACAAAAAGGUUAUUGUUAAUAUUUCCAAGAGGGUUUUGACCCGGGCCUGUCAGGAUGGACUGGUGUCACGGAGGGGAGUGAGCUGUCUGAUGUCCUGUACAUUUCUUUACCAUGCUUCAACUUUAUUACUAUGAUAUUUGUGUAUAUUUUCUGAAUCAAUAAAAAUAUACACAGCUUACACAGA